UGACAGAAGAAUCCCCCUGGAGCGCCUCCGGCCGAUACCCCACCUGCAACCCGCUGACAUCGCAUGUUGGAUGUUGAAUCUUUCCGAAGUAUACAUGACCAGAAGUAUGGAGGAUACGCUUUUAUAGAAGAAAACACCUGCGAUAAUGAGAAGAAACACAAUGCAGUUGUUGGCUGGAGUCAUCUGCGCUACUUUUAUAUCUUUGAGCGGCUUCGUUUUGGCGGAGAAGAAAGUGUGUCAGGGAUUGAGCAAUAAGCUGACCUUGCUGGGCAAGUACGAUGACCACUACAAGAACCUGGUGCGGAUGUUCACCAACUGCACCGUGGUGCUGGAGAACCUGGAGAUCACCUACGUCCAGGAGCAUCAUGACCUCUCCUUCCUCAAGAGCAUCGAGGAAGUGAGUGGCUACGUGCUGAUCGCCGUCAACUUCGUGGAGUCGAUCCCGCUGGAGAAUCUGAGGCUGAUUCGAGGCCACUCCCUCUACGAGAACCGCUUCGCCCUCACCGUCAUGUCCAACUACGACCGCAACUACUCGUCCCCCACCAUCAACAUCACCCGCGGCCUCCGCCAGCUGCCACUACGCCGCCUCUCAGAGAUCCUGAAGGGGGGGGUGAAGAUCACGCAUAACCAUCUGCUGUGUAACAUCGACUCCAUCGAGUGGAAAGACAUUGUGAACCACGGAGACCUGGUGUCCAUCAAGUCAAGUUUCGCCAGUUUCUGUCAAAGUUGUCACUCAAGUUGCUACAAUGGAUCCUGUUGGGCACCAGGAGCUGAAAACUGCCAGACGAUGACCAAGCUGAUGUGUGCGGACCAGUGCUCUCGACGCUGUAAGGGGCCCAAGCCCAGCGACUGCUGUAAUGAGAACUGUGCUGGGGGCUGCACAGGCCCGUACGCCUCCGACUGCUUCGCUUGUAAGGACUUCCAGGAUGAUGGCACUUGUAAGCACAUGUGUCCCCCGCUCAUGCUGUACGACCCCAAGACUCACCAGCUCAUCCACAACCCUCAGGCCAAGUACAGCUUUGGGGCCACCUGCGUUAAGACCUGUCCCCAUAACUACGUUGUGACGGACCACGGGGCGUGCGUGCGCACCUGCAGCAGCAACACCUUUGAGGUGGAGGAGAACGGCAUCCGCAAGUGCAAGCAGUGCGACGGACCCUGCCCCAAAGUUUGUAAUGGUCUUGGAAUGGGAAGAUUAGCUGGUGUUAUGACGAUCAACGCAACAAACAUUGACUCCUUCAAGGACUGCACCAAGAUAAAUGGAGACAUUUCCAUUCUGAAGACGUCCUUAAAUGGAGACAAAUUUACCGCAACACCAAAGAUGGAUCCUGUCAAGUUGGACAUCUUCAGGACUGUAAGAGAAAUCACAGGUUUCCUGCUGAUUCAGGCAUGGCCCGACAACCUGACGUCCCUCAGCCCCUUUGAGAACCUGGAGAUCAUCAGAGGCAGGACGCAACACCUGGGAACGGCGAGCUUCGUGGUGCUGAACAUCCCCCACCUGCAGCACCUGGGCCUGCACUCGCUCCGAGAGGUCAGCGGGGGCGACGUGGUCAUCCGCUACAACCCGCGCCUCUGUUUCCUGGGCGACGGGCACUACUGGAGGAGCCUGCUGAGGCUGCAGAAACAGCGCUACGUCGUGGGCCACAACGCUGACCACGCCACCUGCGCGCUGCAUAACAGCACGUGUGAUGGCCUGUGCUCUGAGUCCGGCUGCUGGGGCCCCGGUCCCUCCAUGUGUCUCAGCUGCCAGCGCUUCAGCCGCCGCGGCCUCUGUGUGGACGCCUGCACACUACUGGACGGCUCACCGAGAGAGUUUGUGCUGAACAAGACCUGCCUGGAAUGUGACCCGGAAUGCAAGCCGCAGACCGGCCGGCCGACGUGCUAUGGACUGGGUCCUGGCCAGUGUGUGGAGUGCCUCCACGUUACGGACGGGCCGCGCUGCGUCCACCACUGUCCCCACAACGUGUUUGGGGAGAACGACAAGCUGAUCUGGAAGUACCCUGACCGCAAGAGGGAGUGCCAGCCGUGCCACGCCAACUGCACACAAGGAUGCAGUGGGCCUGGACUGUCUGGCUGUGAACCAAGAAGUUCCCACGUGCCCGUGGUGGCGGCGGGGGUGGUGGGGGGUCUGCUGCUGGUGGUCAUCCUGGCUCUGGCCGUCUUCAUCCUCUCGCGCCGACGCCACAUCCGCCGGAAGAGGACGCUGCGCAGGCUGCUGCAGGAGAGAGAGCUGGUGGAGCCGUUAACCCCGAGUGGGGAGGCGCCCAAUCAGGCCCUGCUGCGCAUCCUGAAGGAGACGGAACUCAGGAAGAUGAAGGUCCUGGGAUCAGGAGCCUUCGGCACCGUCUACAAGGGUCUGUGGGUUCCUGAAGGGGAAGAUGUGAAGAUACCAGUUGCCAUCAAGCUCCUGAGGGAAGUCUCCUCCCCCAAAGCCAACAAAGAGAUCCUGGAUGAGGCGUAUAUGAUGGCGAGCGUAGAGCACCCUCACGUGUGUCGCCUGCUGGGUAUCUGCCUGACGUCUCCCGUGCAGCUCAUCACGCAGAUCAUGGCGUUCGGCUGCCUGCUGGACUACAUGCGCGAGAACAAGGACAACAUCGGCUCCCAGAGCCUCCUCAACUGGUGUGUCCAGAUCGCCAAGGGUAUGAGCUACUUGGAGGACCGCCAUUUGGUGCACCGGGACUUAGCAGCCAGGAAUGUUCUGGUGAAGACUCCCAACCACGUGAAGAUCACUGACUUUGGGCUCGCCAAACUCCUCAGCGCCGACGAGAAGGAGUACCAUUCAGAUGGAGGCAAGGUUCCCAUCAAGUGGAUGGCGCUGGAGUCCAUUCUGCACUGGACAUACACUCAUCAGAGCGAUGUGUGGAGUUAUGGGGUGACCGUUUGGGAGCUGAUGACGUUCGGGUCCAAACCUUAUGAUGGGAUCCCGGCAAGCGCCAUCGCUGACAUCCUGGAGAAGGGCGAACGUCUACCACAACCUCCCAUCUGCACCAUAGACGUCUACAUGAUCAUGGUUAAAUGUUGGAUGAUUGAUGCUGACAGCAGACCUCACUUCAGGGAGCUCGUUGCAGAGUUCUCCAAAAUGGCUCGUGAUCCGUCACGCUACCUGGUUAUACAGGGCGACGAGCGCAUGUGCCUGCCGAGCCCGACGGACUCGCGCUUCUACCGGACGCUGAUGGGCGGCGAGGGGCUGGACGGCGUGGUGGACGCAGAGGAGUACCUGCUGCCCACCAAGCGCUUCUUCAGCGAGGGCCAUCCCAGCGCGCCGUAUCCACAGCAACCAGCACCGCAGCAUCCCCACGUAACCACGGUGACCACCGCCACCUACCGCACACACACAUCAGCACACAACGGCUACAGGCACACAGGAACUCCAUCGGCCCCUCCCACCACCCCCCCAUCUCCUCCAUCACCUCCUCCAUCACCUCCUCCAUCUCCGUCACUGCAUGUCCUCACCCGAGCUAGAAACGGUCACCCGGUCAGAGAGAACAGCGUGAUCCUGCGCUACAUCACCGACCCCACCCAGGGGCCUCUGGAGAAGGACCGUCCUCUGCCAGAGUACAUGAACCAGCGCGAGUCUCUGCUGUGCGACAUGAUCAACCCAAACUAUGAGGAGCCGGGGGGCGUGUCCAGCCCAGGGGGCGUGUCCAGCCCAGACGCUGGCCACAGCUAUGAGGAAGAGGAGGAUGAAGGCGGCUACUGUGAGGUGCUGGGUGGCCGGCCGGACGGGCCGGACGGGCCCGAGUACCUGAACACGGCCAGCUGCACGCUCCCGCGCUCCCUCUGUGCCCACCUGGACAACCCGGACUACCAGGAGGACUUCCUGCCCGCGGGCGCCCCCCGAGGCCUCUUCCUGCCCGCCGCAGAGAACCUGGAGUACCUGGGGCUGGACGCUACAGUGCAGUCGGCCCGCUAGAGCGCUGGACCGGCCAGAACAUUCGGCCCGCUAGAGCUCUGGACCGGCCAGAACAUUCGGCCCGCUAGAGCUCUGGACCGGCCAGAACAUUCGGCCCGCUAGAGCUCUGGACCGGCCAGAACAUUCGGCCCGCGCGCCGCUGGCACCGCUCUGGGCCCGGGCCUGGAACUGAACUAGGUCCACAUCUGGAACUGAACUAGGUCCACAUCUGGAACUGAACUAGGUCCACAUCUGGAACUGAACUAGGUCCACAUCUGGAACUGAACUAGGUCCACAUCUGGAAUGUCAUAAACUUUUAUUUUAUCCUUCAGUGUUAUUGAAGACUUACCGGGGUUUUCAGCUCAGCAUCUGAACAAGUGUAAGGUUGUGUGUUUAUGUGUGUGCGUGUGUGUGUGAGUGUGUGUGUGUGUAUGUGUGUGUGUGUGUGUGUGUGUGUGUGUGUGUGUGUGUGUGUGUGUGUGUGUGUGUGUGUGUGUGUGUGUGUGUGUGUGAACGUGUGUAUGCGUGUGUGUGUGAGUGUGAGUCUGUAUGUGUGUGUGUGUGUGUGUGUGUGUGUGUGUGGCGCCGACUGAGUUGCCUGCCGACUGAGUUGCCUGCAGCUGUGAUGUCUGGAUGUGGCCUCGUCCACUCACCCGCAGGAUAAAGGUGACGGAUGCCCCCUGGUCAUGACCUUGACCUCACCUUGAGCUGCGUCCCCCUGCAGCGCAGCGUCACUUCCUGUGAGACGGUUUAUAAAGCGAGACGAUUCAUAUGAGGGUAAAUUCUGGUUUCAUUGUGACGCAACUGCCACUCCCAUUUAGGAGGCAAACGGGAGCAUUUCUAUGGGAGAAAUAAUUCUACACCUUUCUAAACCGAUUAUUUCAUCACUGAACACGCCCCUUUAGGAGGCAGGAAGUGCUGCUAUUUCGUUCCAUUGAAAAAACCCUUUAUGAUUCAUCUUAGUAACUAUACGAUCUUUGGUCACGUCCUGUGAGACGGCCGGCGGAGGAAAGGGCCGGCCCUGGACAGGUCAGACACGCUGACUGAAUGAAGGCUGUUUUGCAGCAGGUUGAAUUGUCCUGCGAUGACGAAUCAGCAGAGAACUCUAAAACUACUUGAAACAUUUCCUCAUCUCUUCUCUUCAUUUAACAGGAGGUCUCCGUACUCACCACAGUCAUAGUAUAAACUAACCCCAUUAGCAACUGCUCUCUUGUUGUCCGUGUCUUCACAGCAGGACACCAUACAGGUGACCUCCAGCUCUCAGCCCACCUACAACACUUCUUGAACCGUAGACACUUCAGUUUAGCAGUCGCUAGAUUUUUAGAUGUGAAACUGUGAAAUUGGUAGAAAAAUGUGUUUUUGGAUGUUGUGUUUUCUUGUGUGUACAAAGUAGUCAUUGAAUGUUGUAAUUGUAGGUUUUUAUGGAGUGUAAUUUUCAAAGCAGUAUUAUAGUGUUUUUGCUGUUCUUCCGGAGCCAAUUUGAAACAGCCAAGCAAUCUGUUCUGGGUCAAAUGUGUGAAGUGAGCAAGGCCGCCUAAUAGCACGGCACAGUAAACACACACACACAGCUAUUCAUUAUUCAAUCAAAGUCACUUUUAGUACAAAGCCCUGAAUAAUGCAUGCAGCACACACUGCAUUCCACCUACACAGUGGGCACUAAUGGGCAGGUGCCGUGAUGGGCAGGUGUAGUCAUGGGCAGGUGCCGUGCUGGCAGCGUUUGGGUCAUUAAGCCCUCCGGUCUGACGAGGCCAAAUGCAGGCGCAGAACUCUCUGACCACUCUCUGACCACGGAGGAACGCUUUAACAGUUGCGGCUUCAGCACAUUUUACUCCGAGUAUUCUGGGUGUAAAUAAAUGAUUGCAUUUUAUGACCUAAAAGAGAAAGAUUGAGGACGGAAUAUUUUUUAGCUUUACUGUGCCAUUUAAGAUUGUUCUAAAUUCAGGCCCUUUGCCUUCCACGAAAAGGACAAUAGACAGAAUCAACACAAAAGAGAGGCAAACAUACUGUACAUUCGAAUGGACCUUCUACUAAACAGGGAUGUACACAACAUGGGACAUUUGUUGCUCAAAGUGUAUCCAAGGAAGGUGUGUUCUUUGUUCUUCUACUCAAAGCAAUAAUGAAGCCAAGAAAAACAUGCAUUUUUAUCCAUGCAAAAAUGUGCAGUUCUUAGGGCCGCACGUUUGGGAUGUUAAAUCAUGUGUGUCAAUGCAUUGUCUCAACUAACUGAGCUUCCCUUGUGCCGUUUUCUACAAACAGGAGAACAUUUGAAUAUGAUCUUAUAAACACAUUGUUUACCAAAUAUGUAUACCAAAGAUUUGGCUUGGUUUCAUCAUCAGUUACAAUUUAUAAUCCCUGGUGUUUUUUAGGGAUAUGUCAAAAUGCAGAUCUGUGUAAAUUAAAUAGGCCUAAUGACAUCAAGAUUUUUGUCUUGGUAUUCAGAGUCCUAUAGGAAGCCACUGUUUUAGUAGGCCUAGUUUCUACACCGUUUUGUACAGAGCUAAAGUGAUAAACUGCUGAUCCUGUAGGUCACUCAGUUAGCUUAGAAUGGACAAUGUACAUGCCUGCACGCCAUUGGUCCUGCUGUGAUGUGGUGCACUUGUAGCUAUAGAGGUGUCCUGGGGAAAUGCACUUAAUAUUUACAUCUUGUUUACAACUCAAUAUGUUGCCAUUCAAUAAAAAGAACCCAGUGGACAUCGGCACAAUGUCAUUGUUAUCCU